UCAUUUGCAUACAUUUGCAUGAGACACCUUUAGGCUCCGCCCAGCGGGAGGGCCUGGCCCCCCCUCCCCGGUCGAGCACCGCGGCACCCCGGGCACGGCCGGACGGGGCGGGAGCGCUGCGCCGCCGCCUGGUUUUCCAUAAAGGAAAUCAAUUUAUUAUUGAUUAGUAAUUAGGAAACCGGCUCCUAAUCGUCACCCGAGGGAGGCGAGCGGGGUGGGGCGCGGGGCCUGCGUCUCCCGUCCCAGCGUCCCGGGAACAGCCGGGCCGGCUGCACGUCACAAGCACGUGCUCAGUAGUGCUGCAAAGGCAGGCAAUGUAUGCUAAUUGCAUGCUAAUGCAUGCACCCCGGUUCCUGCGCACACGUGGGGGGCCCUGCUGGCUUGGGCCCAGCGCAAAAGCCUGUUAUUGCAAAUCCGUGUGCAAAGGCUGGUGCAAAGGCACGCCACUGCUCGUUAAUUCAGUGCUAAUGUACGCAAGGAAGAAGCAGGCAGGAGCCUUCAGGGCCGGGGGGUCGGAGCCCACGAUCCUCCCCAGAAGCAGGCGCCUGGGAAGAGCCGGGUGCCCGCUCCGACCACGGCCGCCCCGGGCUUGCACCGCGCGGACGCGUCCGUCCGGGGGCUGCACCCGGCUCCCUGCAGCCGGAGAAAGGGAGAAGAGGCGCCAUGGAGCGGCGGUGGAAGCAAACCCACGUGUACAAUGGUGCGUCUCCGCCCUGCGAGUCUCCAGCCCCAUGCACUGGUGCCAGGGGGAGGGUUGCUCUUUCGGAGCUCGCCAUGGGGCAAGACCGGCCGUGGGGACCCCGAGCCCCGGCCAUGGCUUGUCCAGGGGGAACCCCAGAUCCAGCGGAGCCGCGCCGCCUGCUAGGGAAGCCUGAACCCCCUCCAGCUUCAGGGCAGGGGCUGGGUGGGAGAACAACGCCCUCCUCUCCGGGGUGCUGCGAGGCGGAGAACCCCCCUGGGGCAGCGAGUCCGUCCCGAUGGCCUGAAGCACCAGCCGCAGCGCACAGAUGGAGGGCACCGGGCUUCCCGCAGCCGUGCCCCCAAUUCGGGCGGGGAGACAGACCAGCCCCACCUUCGUGCCUCAGGGGAAACCGAGGCAGCAGGAUGAGCUGUGGAGGACACGUGCGCCGAAGGUGACUCCCAGCCCGGCACAGACGGGCAGCGCAAUCGCGGGCCCCGGACCCUGCUCGGCUCGGCGCCGGGUUCCAGAACGCAGCGGUGGAACGCGCCCGUCACUGCGGAGACUCCUCCGUCCACACAGCAACAAGGGGCCACGGUGCCCCGGGCCCCGCGCCUCGAGAGGAGCACCCGCUGCCGCCUGCUCGCCCCGCCGCGGACCUGAUGUUCGGGCCUGGGCUCUGGUCCUGGUGGGCAUCGCGCUGUCCCCACGGCCGUCCCGGGCCCCGCGCCUGCUGCCUUUCCCUGUGCGUGCGCAGGCGGAUGCGGCGCCAUGAAGAGCUCAUCUAGGCACGAGACGGACAGGAAGACGCUCCUGGAGCAGGCCCGGGAGAGCAAGGAGAACGGCUACCUGCUCUCCGCCAAGAAGAUCGGCGCCGGCGCCUUCUCCAAGGUGUACCUGGCCCACGCGCUGCCCGACAAGGUCCGGCACAACUACAAGCUGGCCGCCGACCUGCGCGGCAAGCGGCACUCCAUGGUCGCCAUCAAGAUCAUCUCCACGGCCAAGGCGCCCCUCGAGUACGCCAGGAAGUUCCUCCCGAGGGAAAUCUACUGCCUCAACGCCACCUACAAGCACGGGAACGUGGUGAGUCCCAGCCCUGCUGCCCUCUGCUUUGGGGGUGGGCCCAGGCUGCACCCCCCAAAGCAUCCCCGUGCCCCUAACCCCACUGCCGCCUGCCCCUAUAGCAGCCCCAGCCGCUGCGGUGCAGCAAUGCUUAACCGGGGCUCUGCGGGGCUUCGAAGGGUGCAGCAAGCACCACGUUAUCGGCGCUCCUUGGCGUGCAAACACCUGCCCGGGCACCGCUGAGCCACGAGCAGCCUCCCAGACUGCAGUGGUGCAAAGGGUAGAGCAAAGUCUGGCAUGGACUAGGGGGCUUAGACACCCAGCUCCCAAGGGCAUGAAGCAUAGAGAUCAGGAGAGCUCAGCCUAGGGGGUUUAGGCCCGUGGCUUGCAGCAACAGGCAGCGGUGCAGAGUGAAAGCCUCAGCUGGCCCUGAGCAGGGUUGGGGGGGGCCCGGAGAGGCCAGGGGCUCCGAGGGAGUCGGGUCUGGGGGGUCGGAGCAAGGGAAGCCCCCCCCCACGGCGGGAGCUGUCCGACACGGCGGUGGCUGCGGCAGAUCCAGCUGUACGAGACGUACCGGACCAGCAAGCGCACCUACCUGGUGCUGGAGCUGGCGGCCCGCGGGGACCUCCUGGAGCACAUCAACGCCACCUCGGACUUCCGGCAGCGCCCAGG